AUGACUAAUAAUCAUUUCAUUUUCAGGGCUAUUAAACCAAGGGCAUAUGCCAUUACCGAAGAUCCAGAAAAAGACCCAGUCCACAUUUACCGGACAUAUGAAAGUAAAAGGCCAAUAGAAAUGUGUAAGGAUGACAGCCCAUUCUUCCUGAGCCCAGGCAGCAAAACACACAAAUGUUGGUUUAAAAAGUGCCCUAUGGGAAUGAAUGCUAUUUAUGGCAUUAUGAACGAGAUGAAAGCAGAAUCUGGCAUUGAAAACCCAAGAAUAACACCAUACAGCUCAAGAAAAAGGAUGAUACAGAAGUUAAGUGAUGAAGGAGUUCCUGCUAAUCAGAUUAUGCAGAUUUCUGGCCAUAAAAACAUCAACAGCAUCAACAACUACAGUAAAUUAAACCCGAACCAAAAUCGUCAAAUAUCUGACAUACUGUCAAAUAAACCAAGCAGCACAGUUUCAUCAUACCAGUCAACCGUAGAACAAGCUGAAACAACUAGAAAUCUUGAAAAAUCAUGGGCUUUUCAAUCAAAUGGUUUCCCGCAGGGCUUCUUCACUAACUCAAUAUACAUGGUAACGAAAUUAUUAAUAUGGGGAAAAGAACAGAAAGUCAGCAACUUUCUCAGACAAACAACCUACAAAUAUCCUGUGAGCAACCUAGUUCAUCACAUUUAUAUCAAGAUUCCCCUCCAUUGGCAUUCCAUAAGCAAAGGCUUUAUAAACGCAUCAGAUGCAUUUCAGACAGCGACAGUGACUAAAUGA